CGUUCAAUCUCGGCAUGAAUCGUGUAUGUCAGUUGCUGUCAAAUCGUUUGCUUCGUCGGAGUGGAGUCGAUCCAGUUUUUUGUGUUGCAAGGGAAAGUCAAAUUUUCAUCACGAAUUCUCUUCGGAAUUUCAGGUAUUACGUGCUCCUGGUAAAUUAUCCUCGUGGCGGCCUAUCAUGAGAGGCGGGCUCCCAUCCCGCAAAUAAAGGAAUCCCAUUCACGGCAUCAUAGUACCGCUUCUACAAUGGACCCGAAAAAGUCAUCGAAAGACCUCUCCCGAAAGCACAAGCGCAAUCGUCAUCCAUCAUCAUCAGAGACGUCGAGUUCAGAUUCAGAAACUGCAUCAAGCAGCGAUACGAAUUCUUCGUCGAGUGCCGACAAAAAGACUUCAUCACGUAAGAAGAUAAAAAAAUCACGUGCAAUGCGAGCAUCAAGCAGUUCAUCAGAUGACGAAAGACAAAGAAAACGCGAGAAGCAUGCCUGUCACAAAAAACUCGAGGCCAAGAAAUUGCACUUGAAACGAAAACUUAAAGAAGCCAAAGCCAAAAAGAGAACUGCAUCGCCGAGUAUGCGUCGUAGAAGUCCUAGUCCACAGAAAGUUCGAAAAUUGGUCGUGAGUGUGCCAAAUGAGAAAAAACAUCACAGUUCCUCCUCGAAGGAUCGUUUACGUGAAAAAGAGCGAGAACGUGAAAGGGAGCAACGUGAGCGGGAACGUGAAAAGGAGCGAGAGCGUGAAAAAGAACGUGAAAAACUUAGAAUGAGGGAGCGUGAACGUUUGCGAAGCAGAUCCCCGAAAAGAGUGAAAUCAAGAUCACCGAAAUCUUCCCGUUGUCGUGAUAUGAAAAGGAAGUCACCGAUUGAAAAACACCAACACCACUUGUCUCCACGGGAAAAAAUAGUAUGUCAAUCUAGACGCGAGCGAAGUCCUUUGGACCGGAAAAAAGACGUAAGGCGACAGCACGAAAGUCGGGAACGCGAACGACGUGAAAGGGAGAGAAUAGAACGAGAAGCAGCCCGGAAUAAAGAGCGUGAAGAGGCACUUGCCCGCUGUCAGGAACGGCAAAGGGAGCGUGAGCGCUUGGCAGCUAAGGAGAAGACUCGUCGAGAGAAAGAGAAGGAAUACAAAAGCGAUCGCCUACUUCCUCGACCAGCAGAAAGAGAAAUGGCAAUUGCUGCCGCUCGCGCGGGGAGUCGCGAACGGUCUUUUGAAGCAGAUCCGAGACGUAUACAUACAGCACAUCGCGACGUUCGCGGUGAUCCAACAUAUGACCGAGCUUACGAACGGGAGCGAGAAUAUCUAGCCCAUGAGCAUAGGCUGGAACGUGACGAUCGCCGUGAACUCGAUCGCGAACGUGAUUAUUUGGCUUUACGUCGACGAGAAGCUAUUAGUCCACAAAGACUGCGAGAUUAUCCAGAGAGAAUACGCCCAUCUGAACGUGAUCUGUACCCCGAAGAGCCACGAUAUGAACGGGAGCGAGUAUACGCUGCGAGAGGAUACACUUCUGAAGACUUGCAUCACAGGGAAAGAAACUGGGAACGAGAACAUGAUAUUACUCCACGUGAUCCACGCGAUCGCGAGUUAGACCAUUACGCGAUUGAAAGACAACCAGUUGCCAGAGAGUGGGAAGCUGAAGCGGAUUGGCCUCCCCAAGACCAUGCGCAAUGGGAGGAAUCCUGGCCACGAGGUGAACCUGCAGAGGAAAAUUGGGAUACAGAAGAAGGUUAUCAAGGUGUAGCGCCUGAUUGGGAGGAUCGACGAUUAAAUACGGACUUGCCACCCAGAGAUGAUCAUCUGAAAACUCAUGGCUCCAGACGGUGGCCAUCAGAUUGGCGUGGCGGUGUCAACGAAGAGCGACAUGCCACUGGAAGCUUCAGACACGGAGGAGCAACAACAACAAGUUCACAACCAAUUGAAUACUCUCAUGAGAGGACAGAAACUAUGUAUCGCGGGCGGCAUCAUCAGCAGCAUGGACAUCAUUCUUCGACUGGUGGAAGUGGCUACCAUCAUCCUAGACCACUUUUUCCAUCCAAGCGGCAGAUGACGUACACAAAUCCCAAUCAAGGCGUUCAUUCGGCAUCUACUUCAUCCUCAGUAAAUGCUUCAGCUGUUCCAGGGACAGCAAAUGUAAAUUCUUCAAUAACUGCAAACAUACCAUCUUUAAUGGCGACCGAGAUACCUAAUCCUAUGGAGGAGGAAGCAAAGGCGGCGGCGGCAGCUGAAGUGAAACCACAAGAAGUUGAACCCGCAAAACCGGAAGAGCCUCCUGCAGUUAUCACGCAACCACCCAAAGAAGCUAGUGCUCCGGAUACAACUGCGAUUUCUCCACAGCCUCCAGACGCAGAAGCAGAAGAACCCAUCCCUGACGACUUAAGCGAGAUUAGUGAUGAUGCGGAUGAAAUUUUGAACAAAGUUGAAGAAGUUCAAGAACCUGCACCUGAAAACCCACAACCAGAACCUGAAAAGGGCGAACAAACAACAACCUCGGAAGAUCCUGCUCAGACUACAACUGAAACUGUCGCAGAGAAGGAAGCCAAAUCCGCUGAAGCACUGUCAGAUAAAGAAUCUCGAACAGAAGCUGAAGAUACUCCGAAGCAGGCUGUGGAACAACAAGCGCAACCAGUCGCAAAUGAUGACAAAAACGAUCUUUUGGAUUUCGAAGAAAUUUCCGAUGGAGAGUGGGAAGAAGACUCCCGUUCUAAGAACCUUGGUGACGCGCUGGGCGUGGACUGGGCCUCGUUAGUGGAGGAGUCAAAAAAUCGCGAAAGUUUGACAGAAAAACAAACAACAGCAAAACAGAAAUGGCAGCCUCAUAGGAUCAUUCUAGAUGUUGGUAUAUCAGUUAAGGCUGCUGGGGUAGAAUUCGCAGCCAAAACUCUACAAGAGUGCAAGCAACAACUUAACGAGGAACUCGUCAAGGAAGAGAUCAAAUCGGAACCCAACAUCAAGUUGGAAAAUGACGAAAAUACUCAGAAACCUGUGGUGGAUACGAAGAUCAAAGUAGAAAAUGAUUCAUCGAUGACAGGGAGCAUUCUGAAUCCGGAGACUAUCGCCUGUGUACAGGUUGAACAAGCUAAGAAGGUAGAUCUUAAGGAGAAUCUUAUAUUCAAUGCUUGUGGACGUAACAGUAGAGCGCUUAGUGCUCGAAUGGAUUUGAAGAGGAGACGGCAGAUGUGCGGUUUGCCGGUACGCGAAGUUAAUUGUACAUAUGCUCCUAGUGAGUAUCUAAAGAAAUUGGCAAUGGAUACGUUUUUGAAGACCAUGCAACAGCGUGGCGAGAAUUUAGUAACUAGUGCUUGUAAGUGAUAUGCAGAAAUGUAGCAGUUGGGUUGAAAAGUUCGUACGCUAGCACACAGAUGGCGUUACUAGUAUCAAAUCCAUAUGAUUUUUAGUUAGCCCUAAGUUUCAGAAGACGCGUAUACAAAUUUGGCAACUGCCGGACAGUUGGUUCGUGGAAUAGAGCAUUUUGAGUGAAA